GCGGAAAAAUUGAGGGAGUGCGUUAUGUCAUUCAGUGCAAGUAUCAAAAUUUGCGUGUUUAUAUCAUCUCAUCGUUCCCAUUGUCACCGCCGCUUAUUAUUAUUUUCGGUAUUUUCCGCACACUUUUAUUGUACGAAUAUUGGUAAACUUCUAUUAUAAAUAUGAAAGUGCCGUGGAUGAAGUGUUUAGAAAAUCAGGGAACGCUCCCAAGACAAACAACUUCGGGUGGUGAAAUACCUAAGAAAGAGAAAUCUACACGCUGGCGACAUGCUUGGAAUUCAUUACGGAAGUUUAGAUUAAGAAAACGACGAAAGGGAACAACCAAAGAAGAUGAUCCCCAAAACGGCGUAGUGUCCCAAAGGUCGACGUUGUCCUCAUCUUGUAGUUCGAGUCCUUCUGUUGCAUCACUUCACGGAGAUAUUAAAGGAAUUGGCACCGAGUUGCACCAGCAAACGCGUAAUUCUGCAGCUCGCAAUAGCAAAAGUAGAGCUCAUACGGCAAUAUUAGCGACGAAAGCUAUCACGGCUGAUAAAAAGGAAAACGUAAUAUCUGAUACGGUAAUGGGGGGACACUCAAGGUCCCAUAAAAAACGUGCGCGAGAGUAUCGUAAAAAGUGUAUAAACUUAAACGUAGUAUCGACUGACAAUUCGCCGAACUCUACGAUGGAAACGCCGAAAUUUACUCCAAGCAUUAGUGAGGUAAAAAACAAGCCAGAUGAGGACGUGAAUAAAAAUUGUGAGACUGAAAAUGAAUUGAAAGCAUUGAUCGACAACAAACUUUUAGAUAAGGCACAAACUAACUAUAGAGUUGAAUCUCCUGAAACGGUAACAUUAAAUGAAAGGCGAAAUUCGGGUACAGUAGUUAAAAGCAAAAGUUUAGAUGACGACGAUCACGUUAAAAUCAUAGAAGUAUCGGAGACUAGCGAAUGUGAUGAUAAAAUCUCUUCGCAGUGUAACGCGUUGAUAACGGAAGCAAAUUCUGAUGUUGAAUGGGAAGAAACCAUCGAAAUGGCGCCCGAACCUUCAGAAAAACAGUACGGUGAUAUAUUGAGCUCGGUAUCCUCUCAGCUCCAACGUAAACCGGAGUUAAUUCAAAUAAAUUUAAUCACUCCAGAAGACCGUACAACGCUUUCAGACGAAAUUAAUCUUGUAACUUCACCUGCAGACGGCAGUGAACAAUUACAGAAAAAAGAAGGUUACAAGGAAAGAAAAGCUCGGAAACGUGCGGCGAUUGCUGAACACUUUAUGCCUGUAUUACAGCAACCUCGUUAUUUAGACGUAAUUAAGGAAGAAAGUAGCGACAACAGCGAUCGCGAUUCUACACACAAUGGCGUGGAACAAAAGCGUAUUAUGAGAGUGCAGGAGUUACCAGGUUCAUAUACCAAAGGGGUUGUAGAUUGCGGAGGGAAUUUGCAACGGGCUGUAAAUGUGGAAGGUAGUUGGAGUACGUCUUUAACCGAAAGAAGUAUUUCUGACACGGAGUUCGUUUACAUAGACGACAGUGAUGAAAUGUCAGAGUCUGAGGAAAACAGUAAUAAUCUCAGUUGCGAUGUUGUAAAGUGUGAAAAUGAGAUACUGCCACCUGCGUCUCAAUUAACACCACCUCCAACGCCUGAUAAUGUAACUCCUCAAAAUGAAAUGAUGACAAAUAGUGCACUAUGUGACGGAAGUGAGAAUAAGCUCCAGUUUUCCAUAACUGAAAUAAGCAAGGAUGACGUCAAUAGCCCGCCGGCUCUAAGAGAGUUGUGCUUAAAAAUCUUGGCUACACUUCCCUUUGGUGCUGAAAUUUUGGAAGAAUUAGCGCAAGUUUCACAAGGACUAGAAGAAUUAACGAGCGGUUGGCAAUCGCAAUUAUCUUGUUCGUUACAAACACUGCUUAAGCAUUUCCCUUCAUCAGUAACACCCUCGUUAAUGCUAAAACAUUAUAAUGAAAGGGAUACUAACGAUUCUUUUACAGUUCCAGCAGCAAGAAAGGAAAUGCCCCUUAAUCCCUACGAAAAGUGGGUCGGUAUACCUACGCAAGAUCCUAAAGUGAUAGUGUGUUUAUCGCCAACGCAAAAGUCGCAUUUAGAAACAACAAGCAUUGUACCGAAUGAGGCCGGCAAAUUGCUUGAAUUACAUCAAAUGUAUUUAAAUAGGCGGGGAUAUCACGAGGAGAACUCGAAUGAGCGCGAUGAGCAUGGCAAAAUUACUAAAUUGUCUUCAGAAUUAGACGCUUUUAAUGAAAAUUUAUCUCAACCUAGAAAAGUCAGUAAUAGACUCUUGGCAAUCAUCCGAGAAUCCUCGAGUUCGGACCGUAGUUCAAACGUUGAGACGCAACCAGACAGGAAAAGAAAUCUAUUAAACAACGUUAAAUGUAAUUUAAAUUCUGUUAUGGAUGCGACGUCUGAUACAAAACCUGCACAUAAAUUUCUCGAAUACUCGAAUCUGCGAGACAAAAGCGCGAGUGUACCGGAACUAAGUCAUGAGUCUAAAAACGCAACUGCCUCAAGAACAUCAACGGAAAGUCGCCUAAAUGAAAGCAGGCGAAUGCAAAGCUCCGUUGAGAAUAUUGCUCGGUCUGUAGAUAUAUCCCACCGUCGCUUUUCUUUGCCACAGGAGGUCUAUCAACGUCAACUUCAGUAUAUUCGCGAAAAGGAAAAGGAGAUACAAGUCGAAAUAGAAAAGUUGGAAGAAGAGAAAAAGAAACUUUUAUUCGAAAUGACAUCAGAAGUGCCCCCGAAACAGUUCGAAACUAGUCAAUAUCAUAUAUCAAAGAAGGGCGACAUCGCGAUUCACAACGACGAAAAUGUACCCCUAACAAACGGCGCCGAACAGAAAGCAAGUGCCACGGGACCUACGGAAGUUUUCCGCCAGCAAAUGUACAACGAGUACAUGCAAAAGGUCGCGGAUCGGGAGGAAAGGAAACUGCAAAAGGUAAUCAAAAUCACAUCUUCUCGAACGGUACAAAACGACGAACUAAUUGAAAGUAAUAAUAACAUUUGUGAAGUAACGCACGUGAGUGGUAUAGAAAACGAAUUUAUGGACAAAGUUAAGGAAAGAUUGCAGAAACACGGAUUAAAACGGGAUGAUAGCGAGGAAUUCGUUCAUUUAUCAGAAGAUCGAGAGGAUAGCGCGGAACCGGUGUUAGUUAUUGACGGUGAUUCGGUGAAACAUUCGAAAGAACUUCCGAAACAUCUACAAGAAUUUGUUGAUAUAACAAGGCGAGCUGCAGAAACCUCAGAAAACGACACUAAAGAGGGAAACAGCAAGUCUAGUAAGGAAGCUCGAAGGAUAAACCGAGUGCUUAGUAGAAAUCGGCAACAGAUUAGCGGUAGCCUGCUCCAUGAAAUAGACUCGGAUUUGAUAUUAUCUCGAGGGUUUCUUCUGAAACAAGGCGUGUGGUCACCUGGUCAAAAGAGUGCGGAAGAGAAACCGAAGGAAGUUGCUGAGCGCCAGCAAGGAGAAGAUGAGCCGAUUCCAUCGGUUUGGCAACCACGUAGCGCAGGCGCCAGUCCAACGGCCGAAAGGAAGGAAUUCAAACCGGUCAGUUUCGACUCGCCAACAUUAAGGAGAAAAAAUCAACCGGCGGAAAAGGAAUCGAAUGCGUCCGAGGAACCCCCGCCUACACAGCGUCAAUGGACCACUCCUUCAAGUGCUAGCGAGGUUGGUACAUCUCUAUCAUCGAUUCUAGAGCGACGUCUUCCUACCAGUCACUCAGCUCCAUCGACGGGCUUCUCCGAAUUAACAAGUUCACGUUUACCAAGAGCACAGAAUCCCACCAUAACGUUAUUACAGAAAGCGAGAGAGGGCCAUUUACCACGUGGUGCGUCAUAUAUACAGACUUAUAGUGAUAAGAGUAGAGAUGACAAACAUCUACCCUUAGGAACAGUACAAGUUUCAUAUCACACGAAGGACGAUUCGAAUCCUGAACGACAGAAGAAAAUGGCAGAUUUAAAUCCCGCAAGGUACGAAAGGGGCAUUGGACCAGUAGCAAAGGAUGGAAUGCCUCUAGUCUUGAGAUCGGAAGUAAAAGAUGGAAACCAAUCCAGAUGGUACAAAAAGAUGUAUGACACAAUACACAAACAAAAACCUGAACGGGAGUAUGUAACGGUCCGGUAUAAACAACGUAGAGCUCGAUAUCCAUAUGCGUCGGGGUACUUUUCGGAGCCCGAACAACAUAGCGCGUUUAGUGCUUAUUAUUAUGACAGCGAUGGAACCACAUCCGACAAUAAAUACGCCACGUUAGAUCGACGACGAAUUCCCCCCAGCAGAGAUAAAGAAAACGAAUUUAUGUCUUCCACUUUACCACGACAAAUGGAUUCGGUUAAUUUAGAAAUAAUACGAUCUGAAGCCGAACAGGAUGUUCACAGAAGUCCCCCGGGACGUAUCGAAAAUUAUACCCCUGGGCGCUCGUCAAUUUCGGAUAAGGAAGCGAAACAGUGGUGGGACGAGGUCAUGGAUAUAUUUGACGGGUGGCUGGACGACCAUAGCGCUCUACCCAGUUACAACUAUCUACUCUCCAGAGCCAUCACUAGAAGUCACCUCGAACAGCAAAAGGGAACGCCAUUGACCAGAGGACAUAUGAGUCAGGCACUGAAAGAGUCUGGAUAUGAAAGCGAUUCGACUUUAAUAUUCCGAAGAAGGGAAGAUGCGUUACAACAAUUAAGUCCGCUGGAGCAGAGGGAAGCGUAUAAAGUAAUUCAAAAAGGAGGAGAUGUGCCGCUUCAAGGAUUACGUAAACCUGCGCCCGAAAGGCCGAAAGAAGUCCAGGAAAUCCAAUAUUUACCAAUAUCUCCAAGUGAUAAGCGCAUGAGAACUACCAAAAAUAUGAAACCUAAUGAAUUGGUUUGUUAUCCGUUAUCAGUUCCUCCUCAUCCUCGCCACAUUUUUGCCGAAUACAAAAGAACCGCACCAUCAACUGCAUCCACCUCAUCCUGCAUGCUUAAACCGUCUACACCUUCUCCACCAUCUCCUCCCAAACGUCGUUCCUCAAGAAACAGCAAUACUAUGAGAUUGAUUUCAAGAAUCAGCGGUAGUUGUGAAAGAAGUCAUAGUAGCAGGAGACACGAAACUUGUUUCGCUCCUACUUCAGAAUUGGAUAAAAGCAAAAUCAGAUCUCCUAAAGACAGUAUUACGCACCGAGGUACAAGUAAACGGUUUGGAGAUCUGGAUUCGAAAUUAGCCGUUCGAAGUGUCAGAACUGUAAGCGUUUCACCGUUGCGUACUGCUCUACACACAAAAACGUGCUUACCAAAAGGUAGUACCGAAAGCGGUAUAAACACGUUAUCUGCACGGUCUUCUUCCUGUAGUCCAACACGUACAUGUUAUUCGCCGAUUAUUCAGAGAAAACCCAUAGCAUAUAAAGGGGGUACUUUCGGUGUUGACAAACGAAAUAUAGACCUAAAACUGCCAAUAAAUAAAAGAAGUGAUACAAUUUCAGAAUCGACAGAGCUACUAAGCCCGACAGAAGUUAAAAAAGUGGUAACAUCUAAAGAAAUUACGAAACCAUCGACGGCAACCUAUAAAACAAGUACUGCGGUAUACUCUUCUGUUAGGAAUGGCGCAAAACCUACAAAAGAUAACGUUCUGCCCAUUCAAGUUGGUAUUACACAAAGGGGGAGAGAACUGUUACGACCAUCGCGAAGUCUAGCAACUUCAUUGCUAAAUUCCCCAAUACCUAAACGAUCUAUUGGAACCCGAACCACAACUCCGUCUCCAAUUUCGUCUUUAUUUCGUUCUCACAGCGGCUCAAACGAAUCGUUAAGGAAAUAUAAAAGAGAGAGUGCCACGGUCAAAGCACCAACUACUUCAAGAGCAAAUAAAAACGGUACUACUAAGAAGUCCAAAGUACCGGAAGUUUUGGACAAUGCAAAGAAAUUAAAAAAGUCCAAAAAAGAUCAAGUCAAUGGAGAGAUCGUGAAACGAGACAAAAAAUACAAAACAAAAAAUGGCGGUAAGCACGAAGAUAAAGCAAAUAUAAUGGUAAAAUUUACACCUCCUUUGGAAAAUGUGUUGCAUUUUACUCGAGGCGAAAUUCAAAAACAGAGAGAUGCAAUGGAGUCUCAUUCUUUUUUCCAAAAUUUAUUUUGGAAGGAUAUAUCUUCACCAUCUGCUGUACCUUCGCCCAUUCGUUCGUCGUGGAUUGCGGAAAAAACUCGCCUGCUUUGUAGAACUCCGACUACCUUACCAGAACCCACAAUUGGUGCUCUUAGAAUAUAUUUGAAUCACACAAAACCGGUUACCGAAUCUAAAUUUAAAACUUUAGAUGCAUCAAUGGUACGCUCGCGAUCCGUAAGCCCAAAGUCCGUCUCUUGGAAUAUCGAUCAAAUGGCCCAUAAGGAAACAAAACACAGAAGCUAUAGUUUGCCACCGAAGAUAAUACUUACAGAAACACGUAGACCCGUAUCCCCAAUUUCAACGAGAACAGUAAUAAUGAAGGACGGUGGCGAAAAAGAAAAAGUCGUCAGAACAGCUUCUCCCAUUAAAUUGGUGCUUACGGAAACAUCUCGACCCAUCUCUCCAAUCGUAGAUAGAAGAAGACGACGGGAAAGUCCCACAAAACCCCAUUACACCUUUGAAAAGAUUGUACUCACUGAAACUACUAGACCUGUCUCGCCUAUAGUGGCAAGAAAAUCUAAGAAAGUGGAGCCAAAACCACGAGACCCGCCCAGUGUAAAUAAACUUAUAUUUUCUGAAACAUCUCGACCAAUCUCUCCCGUAUUGCGAAAGAAAGCCCCGAAUAUUAUACCAGAUUAUGGAAUCAAAAAGACUUCAAGCACGCCUAAAAUUGUACUUUCUCAAACUAGUAGACCAAUUUCUCCGGUUGUAGAGAAGAAAUAUAAAUGUUUAACUAGGGAGUCGGAUAAUGAAGAUUUAGAAAAAACGCCCGUAAAACUGUUCUUUACAGAAAGUAGUCGUCCUGUAUCACCGAAAAUAGAUCGUAAAGUUAUUGUACCACCUCCUCCUCUUCCAUGUAGGGAAAGAAGCGUUAGUCCUACUAAAAUAGUGCUUACCGAAACCAGUCGUCCAAUCUCUCCAAUGGUUGACAAAAGGCACUUAUCCCCAAAGUCCGUGUCGAGGGAUAGUGGUAGUGUCCAGUUCUAUGACAGUAGUCGUACUACGUCGCCCCAUACAGAACGUCGUUAUGCGUACAGUCCUUCUAGAGUAUAUUAUCCAGACAGUGUUAUAUCAUCAUCAUUUGAGAGUCGUAGUCGGGAGAGAUCCGUAAGUCCUCCGGCGAAAUUGUACUUUUCCGAAACCAGCAGACCCGUUUCGCCCCAAGUCGCUAGAAGGUCUUACGAAGAAAUGCAUAUGCAAAUGAAAACAAAAAAGGUGCCAUCACGUGAAGAGGAGCUUUUGUUUUUCGAAGAUAACGCAAGUAUUGCUUCGAGUGGCUUACAUUCCGAAUGCAGGAGCUUCCCCUCUGAUGUUUUCCACUCUCCCCAAAGGUGUAAUAGGUUUAAAGAAUUGAACAAGUUUUACUCUACACUAGAGCGAAUGGGGGAAUUGGAAAGAACCACUUCAUCAAGUGAACUACGUCCUAGAGGUCGGCGAGAAGAAGAAAUUAUUGAUUAUGAGAGAUGGAAAGAAGUGCAUGCGCGUGAAAGAGCCGAAAAGGAGUUACAAACGGUGUACAAUAAAUUGAGACAGGAUCAAAAGGAGAAGGGAUUCUUAUUUCGCCCCAAAGACGUCAAGUUAUUUCGCUGGAAGCAAGAAGCUGAUAGAGGCUUGCGCGUUAAAGACAAAUCAGUGGAAGCAAUUAAAACCAACUUUGAAAAAUUGGCCAGCUCUCCUUCCACCGGCGCAGGAGUGCCGGAUCAAUUGAUAUUUCAUAGAGAUCUCUACAAACCACUAUGGCGUGGCAGUUCCGUGGUAGAUUUGGCGUCGAGCAUGGUAGAAAGACGAUCACAAUCGGAGGGGCGAAUAAGUACAAUAAAAAAGAAGCUAUCGGAGUCGGAAAGAUUACUAACACACGGCAUUGGUAGCAGAAUAUGGAGCAGUUUAUCAUCAGAACAGAUAAACCUCUUAAAAGGUCAACUUUCGGAAAUAUAUAACCAGAAUAGCCAACAAAGGUUUCACGUUCCAGCAAUUGAGUACGCUGUAAAUGUACCUGUAAAUCAACAAAAAAGUUACAAACCGUUUUUGCGAGUUAGACGUAAUUCUAGCGACUCUGCGAAAAAGUUUCGGUCUGAAAGUCAACCGCCAAAUUCGGUUUUGACGGAAAAUGAGAAAAAAAGGCUAUCUCAAAGUUUAGGUAUUGAAGUUAUGAACCGAGUAUCACAGCGCCAAGAUAGCAGAGCUUCACCUUCUUUGGUAAAAGGCAAAGAAACAAGAGGAGCGAUAGCUGCUGCCGACGCAAAAAUUAUAGCUUCCACUUCGGAGCCAUUUUCAGAAGAUUCUUUGGAAAACCUUAACCAGGAAAAGCAAAAUUCCAACGUAAAUUCAAUAGUAUGUAAAAAAACGGGGAAAAUGUCUAGUGACGAGGAUCAAAUAGUUGAAAAAUUACCUAAACCUGCUUUAGUUUCAACGGAUGUUACGAAUCGUGUAACCUCAGUGAGUGAAACCGAAAGCGGUAGCACAGACGAGUCGACGAAAACUGUUAUAUACUUGGGAAAUAAGGACGUUCAGAAAAAAGUGGAAUAUUUCGAACAGGUUGCAGAGGAACGUCCUUAUACCCCAACAAUCUAUCGAGCGGCUGAGUCGCAAAAUAAUGACGACGAACUCCCAACUGACACGCAACAACAUUCGGAAAUAGAUCAUAUCGAAGAGGUUCGCCCGUCGUGUAAGCUUGUUGCAUCGCAAUCCUAUCAAGAUUUAAAAGAAUUAUUCGGCGAACAAGAACAAAGUAAAUACUGCGGUCUUAGUGCACGCCCUUUAAGUACGGAGGAAGUGAAAAUCGGUAAUAAAGAGAAUGGUGCUGUAACAAAUAUUGAGGUGCGAAAUUUAAAAAAUAAAUUUGAAUUUAUGGACGACUUUUCUAGUAAUAGACUAACGGCAUCAUUUCCGAGACGUACGAGGAGUAAUCCAGAACUUUAUAGGAAACAAAUCGUUAUACCGGGACAAAUCAUGGGAGAAGUUGACACUUUAAGACGGAAAUAUGAGUAUCCUUGGAUUUUUAGUCGUGGAAGAAGUAGAGUGCGCAGAGGUGGUGUAGUGUCACCUAUGUACUUUCGUGCUGAAGAUCGCUACAUGCCUCACAUUAACAUUAUAAGCAAAAUUGCCAGUUUAUACCCGAAGAAAACCGUUUUUCUGUCUGACGUACGCCAUAAAUCAACCGAAGAGCUGACGAAACUUUUGGGCUGCCCUGUAGGGGAAGUGGAAAGGUUGCGAAAGAAGUUUGACUCGCCUGACCGCAACAUAUCCAUCUUGGGACAUAUGUUUACUUCCUCCCCAAACAUGCAGGAACUGCGAGAUAUUGCGCCGUAUCUGACAGGAUCGUGGACCGCACACAGGUAUCCCAGAAAGGAAGAUAACACGAGAUCCUUGUCCUCCCCAGACAACCUAAAUUCUUCCUGGGACACUUCUUCCGUUAAAAAAGUUAGCACCCGCCCUAAAUCAACGUCUCCCCCGCGCACAAUUGGCAAAAAAGUACCAUCCCCAAUAUUAAAAGUACGCCGACCAGUCAUUACUGAAAAUGGAUUCAAACGUGAAAAGGUCGAUCCAAAAAUGUACAAUCCCGUUGGACGUUACCAACCGUGCACUACAAGAAUCGAACCAGUAAGGUACAAAACUGCGUGGCCACAUGCAGUCAAGCCCUCAGUAACUUUUAAAGAGUUGCCGCCUCCCACUCCACCUCCGAAAGGACAUCAUGGGCUAGACUUUUUCGGAACAG